CGAUUCUUUAGAAAAUGUGUUGUGUGGGAAAGCUGGUAAAGGAGUAAUUAAUUUAACGAAUGGUACUACAUAUUCGGGUUUCAUUGGUGGUUGGAUCUAUGCAAGUGUUACAGCUGAUGAAUAUAAGAACAUAGAAAUUAAUAUAGAUAUAGGGGGAAAUACACUUAGAGUAUAA